AGGAGAAAGGGUACAACUGUAACUUCACGUAUCUACAUUCCACUUCCACUAUAAGGAUCUCUGGCCGGGGUGGGGGUUCUCAAGUCACACCAAAAGUCUCACUCUCGCCAUGUCCGUCCUGCUCUGAUAUCUCAUUACCGUCAGAAAAUGUCGUAUAAGGGAAAGGAGAUCGCCGGGAAGGGAUCUUCCGGCAAGAGAAAGCGCGACGACGACGACAAGUCUGGUAGCCGGAAGCGGAAGAACUCCGCCGUGCUUCAGUUCUUCGAAGAUGCUGCAGAAGUGGACAAUGAUUCGAGCGAUGACAGCAUUUCUGGUGAUGAUUUUUUGGAGGAUGGAUUCAAUACAGGGCUAAAAGUUAAGAACGAACCUGGAAAAGCCCAUAACCUUCCAUUUUUCCCCAAAGAAGAGGAGCUGAGCGAGGAAGAACUUGAAAAGAUGCUAGAAGAACGUUACAAGGAUGGUUCUAAAUUUGUUACCUAUGCUGAAGAUGAUUAUGAGACGAAAAGAUCAGUUCAAAGAAACUCGCUUAUCCCUUCUAUUAAGGAUCCAACCAUCUGGAAAGUCAAGUGCAUGGUUGGACGGGAGAGGCUUUCAGCUUUCUGUCUUAUGCAGAAGUACGUUGACUUGCAGUCACUAGGAACUAAGCUGCAGAUAAUAUCUGCUUUUUCUGUCGAGCAUGUAAAGGGUUUUAUUUAUAUUGAAGCUGAUAAGCAGUGUGACAUUAAUGAGGCAUGCAAAGGUCUUUGUAGUAUAUACACAAGCCGAGUGGCACCAGUUCCAAAAAAUGAAGUUACCCAUUUGCUCUCUGUACGAAGCAAAUGCAAUGAAAUUUCUGAGGGCACAUGGGCCCGCAUGAAGAAUGGGAAAUACAAGGGGGACCUAGCUCAGAUUGUGGUGGUGAGUGAUGCUCAAAAGAAAGCAACAGUAAAGCUGAUCCCAAGAAUUGAUCUGCAGGCGAUGGCAGAAAAAUUUGGUGGGGGAGUUUCUGCCAAGAAGAGAAAUAACCCAGCACCAAGAUUGAUAAGCUCUAGUGAACUUGAGGAGUUUCGGCCUCUGAUUCAAUACAGACGUGACCGUGAUACUGGCAAGCUUUUUGAGAUUCUUGAUGGUCAAAUGCUCAAGGAUGGAUAUUUGUACAAAAAAGUGUCCAUAGAUUCGUUAAGCUGCUGGGGUGUGACACCUUCUGAAGAGGAGCUUCACAAGUUUACGCCUUCUAGUAAUGAGGAAUCUGUUGAUUUGGAGUGGCUUUCACAGCUCUAUGGUGAACGAAAGCAAAAACGCACCACAAAAAGUGACAAAGGGGGUGAGAAAGGAGAGGGUUCAUCUGGUUCUAGUAUGGUGAAUAGCUUUGAGCUGCAUGAUCUUGUUUGUUUUGGCCGGAAGGAUUUUGGAAUUGUCAUAGGCAUGGAGAAAGAUGAUAAUUACAAGAUUCUAAAAGAUGGUCCAGAAGGACCAGUGGUACAGACUGUUGUAUUGCACGAGUUAAAGAAUCCGCUCUUUGAGAAUAAAUUUACUGCUUUAGAUCAGCACAUGAAAACCAUAUCUAUCAACGAUACUCUCAAGGUUUUGGAAGGUCCAUUAAAGGGUAGGCAAGGACUUGUUAAGAAAAUUUACAGAGGGGUCAUCUUUUUAUAUGAUGAAAAUGAAACGGAAAAUAAUGGUUAUUUCUGCUCUAAAUCUCAGAUGUGUGAGAAAAUUAAGCUAUAUGGUGAUGCUUGUAACGAAAAGGGUGGUGAAUCAGGUCCCUCAGGUUUUGAAGAUUUUACUUCAUCUCCUCAGUCCCCUCUAUCACCUAAGAAACCAUGGCAAGCAAGGGAAAAUAACCGUGACUUCAACCGAGGGGAUAAAGAUGGAAUGUUCUCUGUUGGUCAGACAUUGAGAAUCCGAGUUGGUCCACUGAAAGGAUACCUCUGCCGUGUCUUAGCCAUACGAUAUUCUGAUGUUACAGUGAAGCUUGAUUCUCAGCAUAAAGUUCUUACAGUUAAAUGUGAGCAUCUUUCUGAGGUUCGUGGGAAGGGUUUUUCCGUUUCUAUAAGUGACAAUCCAGAGUCCAGUUCCCUAAAAUCCUUUGGUCUGCUUGGAACUCAAGACAGUGCCAGAGAUUGGGUUGAUGGUGCUGGCACAUCAGCUGAAAGUGAUAGGUGGAAUACUGGAGAGACAUCUGCUGAAAGGAGCUCUUGGCCAAGUUUCCCUGCCUCAAACUUUUCGCUUCAGCCAGAAUCCAAUUCUGCAAAUCCUUUUGGUUCUGUGGAUAAUGAUUCCAAAAAAGACAUGGGUGACGCUUCCUGGGAGAUCAAAUCAACCCCAAAUCAAAAAUCAUCUUGGGGUGCAGCAACUACUAGUAAAACUGUUGCUGAUAGUGAUCAAGUUGGAGGCUGGGGAAAAAGUGAAAACAGUUGGAACAAGUCUGCUACUACUGCCUUAGGCAGCAGUGUGGCUGAUGGCUGGGAGAAAGCAAAACUAUCCAAUGUUGAUCAGGCAGGCUCUUCAAAAGGUGCUGGAAACAACUGGGGUGAUAAAACUGUUGCUGAUAGUGAUCAGGGUGGAAGCUGGGGAAAAGGUGAAAACUGUUUGGACAAGUCUGCAGCCACAACCAACUUUGGCAGCAGUGCAACUGAUAACUGGGGGAAAGCAAAACUAUCCAGCAGUGGUCAGGCAGGCUCUUCAAAAGGUGCUGGAGGUAACUGGGAUAAUAAAAUUGUUGCUGAUGGUGAUCAGGUUGGUGGCUGGGGAAAAAGUGAAAACUGUUGGAACAGGUCUGCUGUUACAACUGGCUUUGGCAGCAGCGCAUCUGAUAGCUGGGAGAAAUCAAAAGUAUCUGAUAGUAAUCAGGCAGGCUCUCUGAAAGAUGCUGGAGACAAUUGGGGUAAAGGAAAGAAUGUUGCUGGGACGCCAUCAAAUGGUUGGAAUGAUGCAACUACUGGGAAUGAUCAACUAGAUGCUUGGGGCAAAGGAAAAAAUGUUGGUGAAGCAAGCUGUUGGGAGAAGAGUAAAAGCCCCAGUAUUGGUGAGGACCGUUGGAACAAUGGUGGUCCUGGGUGGAAUCAACAGAAAUCUGGGGACAAAAGGGAAGACACUGGUGGAGGUGAUGGAUCCACUUGGGGCAAAGCUUUGGAGUCCCAAGAAAAAGGCAGUGGUUCAAGUGCAAGUAAAGUGGACUGGAAAAGUUCAGCAGCUAGGCCAGAAAAUCAGACUGGAGGCUGGGCCCAGCAAGAAGGUGUAGGUGAAGAUGAAUCUGGAUGGAGAAAAGGUGGAUUUAGCAGCCAGGAUCAGAAAGGCAGUUGGAACAAACCAAAGACCUUUGAUGUGACCAGAGGAUCUGCUUGGAAUCAACAAGCUGAUGGAACUAACGAAGAUUUCAAAGGAGGGAGUGAUCAAAAUGGCAGCUGGGGUAAACCAAAUGGUUUUAGCGGGGACAGAGAAUUUGAUAGGGGUAAUGGGUCAGGUGGGAGAUGGGGAAGAGGAGGCCGCCGAGGAGGUAGGGAUCAAUUUGGAAUAGGAAGAUCAUUUGGUCGUGGGCAAUCUUCUGGUUGGAAUAAGGAGAGUCAAGAAAACACUUGGACUGGUGAUGGGGCUUCUUCAGGUAAUCAAUCUAGUUGGAGCCAUGAUCGAGCUAGUGGCUGGGGUCAAGGCAAGACUUUUGAUGAAGGUAGAAAAGAUGGUGGUUGGAAAAGAGAAAAUGCAUCUCAUGAGGAUAAUGGAUCCAGUUGGAGCAAAAAAUGGGGUGGUGGUAAAGAGACUAGUGAAAGUGGGGAAAAACAUAGCAAAUCCAGUGAUUGGAGUAAUCCAAAUGCUUCCAACAAGGGUAUGUCAUCUGGUUGGAAUAAUAAAUUCAAUGCAAAUGAAGAAACUGGUGGGACUGGAGAUCAUGACGGUGGUUGGAAUAAAAGAAAAGCUCCUGGUGAACAUCAAAAAACACCAUGGAAAACUAAUGAGAGUAAUUUGGAUGGAAACCCCUCUGGUUUUCAGGGCCAAGAUCAUUGGGGUACUCCUAAACCUCCACAAGAUAAAUCCUCUGGUUGGAAUCAUAAAUCCAUUGAUAAUGAAAAAGAUGGUGAUGGUAAAGAUCAAGGAGAUGGUUGGAACAGUAGAAAAACUUCAGAUGCCAGCUCUGCAAGUAGAUGGGGGCAGAGUAGUGGUUGGAAAAAUGGGAUAAGUAGUGACGCAGGGGGAAACCAGGAUUCCGACUGGGGAAGAAAGAGCAAUUGGAACCCAGGAGGUGGAAAUGAAUAUGAAAAUGAUACUUCUGAUAAUAGGGAGAGAGGUGGGAAUUGGAGGGGAGGUAGAGGUAAUUCAGGGAGAGGAGGCUUUGGAGGUAGAGGUGGUUCAGAAAGAGGAGGCUUUGGAGGUAGAGGUGGUUCAGACAGAGGAGGCUUUGGAGGAAGAGGGGGUUCAGACAGAGGAGGCUUUGGAGGAAGAGGGGGUUCAGACAGAGGAGGCUUUAGAGGUAGAGGCCGUUCAGACAGAGGUGGCUUUGGAGGUAGAGGUCGUUCUGACAGGGGUGGUUUUGGAGGUGGAGGUGAUUCAGACAGGGGUGGUUUUGGAGGUAGGGGCCGUGGAAGGAGGGAUCAAAGUGGUGGCUGGAACAACAGAAACAAUUCUGGUGAGAAUAAUAAAUCCUUUGAAUGGAACAAAGGGUCAAACAAUAAUGGGGAAGGGUGGAAAGGUCAUGAUGGUGCUGUCAGUUGGGGCCAAGGAGGUGGUGAUAAGGGGCCAAGGAAUUGGAAUUCUGGGACUGGCGGAACUAGCAAUCAAUAUGGGGGUUGGAACCAAUCAAAAGGGGUCGUAGAAAGUAGUGGUACAGGCUCUCAAGCUGGAUCUUGGAACAAGGGAGCUAGCCCUGCUAAAGAUUAUGGUGGAAGUAGUGUUGAAGCCAGCAAUUUAAACAGCCAGAGUUCUGGUUGGAACAAAGGGUCAGCUCAGACAAGUGUUGCAGUGGUGAGUAAUGAUCAAGGAAAUGAUUGGAAACAAUCAAAUGCUUCUGGUAAAGGCCAGUGGUCUGCAGGGAACCAGUCAAUAGCUGGUGCCCAAGCUGAUGCCUGGGAUAAACAGGGAUCAGGUUGGAAUAGAGAAACAAGUACAGGAAGUGGGAGCAUGACAAGAGAUGGGGCUGAAACUUGGAAUCAAUCGAAGGCCCCUGAUGGAGCUCAAUCAUCUGCAUGGAAUCAAACAAAAAAUUCAAAAGAAGGAACCAGCAAUUUUAGGGAAGCGACUGAUUCAUGGGGUAAAGCUGCAGCAAAUUCUUGGAGCAAGGAGAAAGACGGAAGUAGCAAAGGAGGGUGGUGAUCACUCUUAAAAUUUGGUGUUCGGGAGGUUUGGGGCUAUGUAGAUAACGUACCUUUUUUCUUUUUUCCUCUUUUGGGUUUUGUUUUGGGCAGCAAGGAAAGGUUUUGAACCACAAUCUCUUACCAUGGUUUUGGUUUGAACUAGUAGCCCCGUUGCAGUGCAUGGGAGGAUUAGCCUUGUGGGCGGAUCUCUUAACAAGGGGCAUUAUGGUUCCCAGACAAUAGAUGCACAGAAGUUUUUAUGCAAUUUUAUGACUUGUGUCCA